AUGCUUUCUCGCAUUCUGACUCCAUUAUCAGCCGCUGUGUAUGUUGUCGUCUCCUUGGCUUCGGUUGGAUCCUGUGGACCUACAACACCUCGUGACAUCUUCACGAGAACACCUGCAGCAGGCAUCGACAUCCGAUCGCUCGCACCACAACUAUCUCCAGCGUCGAAAGUUUAUCUUCCUGGGAGUGAUGAGUUCACAACGUACACCGUCCGCUGGUCGAACCUGGAGCCACCUACCCCAAACGUUGUGAUUGCGCCUGGAACCGAAAAGGAUGUCGCAAAAAUUGUCAAAUUCGCCUCACAAAACAACAUUCCCGUCCUUGCAUACAACGGUCACCAUGGCACUUUGACCACGUUGGGCAAGAUGGAUUACGGUAUCCAGGUCUAUUUGCCGCAACUGAACAGCAUAUCUGUGGCUAAAGACGGCAAGUCGGCAAAGAUUGCGGGUGGAGUCAACUCCAAGAACUUGACGGACGCUCUCUGGGUAGCAGGAAAGCAAACUGUGACUGGUACUUGCGAAUGCGUGAGUUACUUGGGUCCUGCUCUCGGCGGCGGCCAUGGUUGGCUUCAAGGUCAUCACGGCCUUAUUGCUGAUCAAUUUUUGUCCAUGAACAUUGUUACUGCAAAUGGUGACCUCAAGACGAUCGAUGCAAAAUCAGAUUUAUGGUGGGGUAUGCAGGGCGCCGGACACAAUUUCGGCAUUGUAACUUCUGUUGUCACCAAAGUCUACGACAUCAUACAUCCGAACUGGGCGAUCGAGACGAUCAUAUUCAGCGGAGAUAAAGUUGAAGCUUUAUAUGAGGCGGCGAACAAGUACAUCUUGCAAGGCGGAAAGCAGAGUUCGGACAUCAUCAACUGGUCCUACUGGUUGAACGAUGCGACGCUCGAUGCGGACAAGCCUGUCAUCCUGAUGUACAUCAUUCAAGAGGGAGUUGACGCAGUCGAUGCCAAAUACACUAAGCCUUUCCACGACCUUGGACCGCUUGUCAUUAAACCACAAUCUGGUACUUACAAGGACCUCGCAGCUUGGACAGGCAUUGCUCUAGACUCCCCUCCGUGCCAGGACUUCGGAUUCAACAACCCUCGAUUCCCUAUUUACACCAAAGCUUACAACACCACGGCCCAAAAGAAGGCAUAUGAAGUGUAUGCAGCAGCCAUUGCAGGCCCCGACUCCCCGUACACGAACUCGAUCUUCAUGUUCGAGAACUAUGCUACCGCAGGUGUUCGCGCUCGCGCUGUUGACUCCUCCGCAUUUGGUUUCCGUGAAGACCUCAUUCUCGCAGCACCACUCAUCAUCUACGGUCCGACCGACAAGGCACGAGACCAUGAAGUAGAGAAGUUAGGCAACCAAUUGAGGGAGAUCAUCCGCGAUGGGACUGGAAGCAGCGAGCUUCAUACGUAUGUGAACUACGCGUAUGGGACCGAGGGACCAAAGAGCUGGUAUGGUUCCGAGAAAUCGCGCCAAGAUCGUCUGAAAACUCUGAAAAAGAAGUAUGAUCCAAAGGGUGUCUUUAACUUCUACGCGCCUGUAGUGUAA